AUGGAGAAUCUCCCACGUGAAGUUUUAUCUAACAUUUUCAUCCGAUUAUUGGCCAAACAACUUGCUCAAAUGAGGUGCGUAUGUAAAUCUUGGAAUGCUCUCUUAUCCGAAUCCUCCUUCAUAAAAUCCCACCUCCAUCACUCUAUCCAUCACAACGAUGAGAUUCUCUUGUUCUUCAGCCGAGUAUUUUCUUUUUACCAUAGUCCAUUCAUACACCCCUCUCCAUUAACACCACACCCCUUUCCAUUCACAGCACACCCAUCUCGUUCUCCUAAUCUCAAACUCAAACCGAGUAAUUUCUUCAAACUCCCAGAUAAACCCAAAUCCGAAUAUAGUCAUGGCAAUGUCAUUGGAUCUAUAAAUGGCUUGAUAUGCUUUAAUUACGGACCAUUUUCUUUGCCUUCCCGUGAUUAUGCAAUUUACGUUUGGAACCCUUCUCUAUCGGCAUUGUUAACUCUCCCACCAUGUCCUCUCCCCUCGGGUGAUUCUAAGACAAAAACCAAUUUUCGAUUUGGGUAUGAUCCCAAUGCUGAUGAUUACAAAGUUGUUAAGCUUACAAGCCUUGUACCACAAGUUGCGGUUUAUAGCAUGAGAAAGGGUUCAUGGGACUUAAUUACUCAAAGGUUUCCGUUGAAUAUGAGAAUAAUUAAGCGUAAACCCGAAGUUUGUGUAGAUGGCUAUAACGGCCGACUUCAUUGGCUUUGUUAUACUAAAUUUAAGCGGAAGUUAGAAAGGAUAGUGGCAUUUGAUUUGGGUGAAGAGACGUUUAGUGUGAUAUCUCUUCCAGAUUCUAUACUACAACACGAUCAAAACAGAUGGAAUGUAUUUGGAGUUUUAGCUGGAAAGCUUUGUGUGAUGUCAAGGGUUAGAGAUGGUGAUUGUGAGGUGUGGGUGAUGGAUGAUUAUGGGGUGGCUGAAUCAUGGGUCAAGCUUCAUGCGUUUUCACAGUUUGAUGGUGCUAUUUAUCCAUAUGGAUUCACGUUACACAAUGAGUUCCUUUUUCAAGUCGACAUUGAUCGUUUUGCUUUGUAUGCUCCAAUUGUAGCAAAGCCUAAAAACUUUGAAAAUCCGUGUCCUCUAAAUGUUGUAGAUAAAGUUGUGCAUUAUGUUGAGAGUCUUGUUUGGGUAGUACCUGCUGAGAGUGAGGGGAGGUGCUACAACAUCUCUCAAUUUCCAUUUUGA